GUGUGAGAGAGGUGCUGGGAAAUGGACACUGCAGGACUGAGAAAGCUUGUUUCAAGGAAAGGAAGGAGCCGAAAACCUUUCUGCAAAGCCGCUGUGAAGACGAGCUGGAUCAGCGCUGUUCUAAGUGAUUCAAUAUGAAACAAGACAUUAAGUACCAUGGAUUGAAAAACCAAGGAGCAACAUGUUACCUGAACAGUGUCCUGCAGGUUCUGUUUAUGACCACAGAGUUCAGAGAGGCUGUAGAAAGAUGUUCAAAACAUAGUGAAGAUGCCCUUGAUGUUCAGCUCCACACUUUAUUUGAAAGUUUAAAGAAAAAAACAUCAGAAACCACAGAAGUCACAAGGAAGCUGGGAAUUGAAAAGGUGAUUGAACAGCAUGAUGCUGGUCAGUACUUUGAGAAGAUUUUAUCUCUGGUCAGCAACGAAGCAUCAAAGAUAUUCGAAGGACACCUGAUCCACAGGACUAUUUGUUGUAAAUGUGACUCAGAAACUGAAGACGAUGUGCCAUUUUGGUUUCUUUCUCUCCCUCUGAUGGAUUCUAGUGAUAAACACUACAGUGUGGUGGACGGCAUUCGGGAGUUUUUAAAGGAUGCAGAAUUUGAUGGAGACGACCAGCUGUACUGUGAAAACUGUGAUGACAAAUGUGACACUACUGUUAAAUAUGAACUAAGGCAUCAUCCAGAGGUUUUGAUGUUGCUGCUGAAGAGGUUUGAAUACCAGUACAUGUCAUACACGAAAGACAGCCGCGCUGUGGAUGUUUACUACACCAUCAACAUACCUGAGACGUAUGAACUGUACGCGUUGGUGGAACACUUUGGGACUCUGAAAGGUGGACAUUAUAAAGCAAAAAUCAAGCCCCAGGAUGAAGACAGAUGGUAUGAGUUCAAUGACUCCAGUGUUACGUUGCUUCAUAACAUGUCCCACAGAAAUAAGUCUGAGAAAUCCCGAAGUGCCCAUCUUCUGUUUUACAGAAAGAAAAAUACUGGUACACAAGAUAAAGAAAACAAGGUUGAAGAAGGUAGGAGAAAAUUGAAAGAUGAUGACCUGGGUGAAAACGAUCAUCUGAUGAAGAAGAGAAAAACGACUUCAGACAGCACUUUAGUCCACAGUAGGCAGACAGGACAUGAGGUGACGACAUGCAGCACAGGUCACAGUGACCAGGACUCGAACCAGGAGACAGCUGCAUCAAACACUGAAGCCUACAUACAAGGGCGCCUACGCCUGCGCCGCUCCUGGCGUUUGUAUGUUUGGUUGUUACUUGUUUUUGUAUUUGGAAUAUUCCUGCUUGUUAUUGCCAUGAAGAUCUAACAUAAUGAAUUAUUUUCUUUAAACUGGGUUUCUUAGUUCUACCUUUUGUUCUGCUCUUUAUGUAUUUGGUUUGAAAUCCUUUUUUAGCAUUAGUCUUUUUCAUUUGGUCAGUAAAGGCUUUUGG